CGGGGCAUAACGAACCACUAGGCUCGAGUGGGUAUAUAAACAGCUUUUGCCUCUAUUAUUUCUCGAAUCCGUUACAUCGGCAAGCGAUCGAGAGAGAAGAAAGAGGAGAAUGGAGAAGGAGGAGGAGAAGCUAGAGAGAGUGGGACCAUUGGAGGAGCCGCUGAUGAAAAACAUCGUGCCAGAGGAGGAUUCGCUAUCCAUGUCGGAUACAGAUAGCGAGAUACCUGAUUCUCCCGUUCCCAUCAACGCUCCGAUCUACCGUAUGUUUGGACGAGAACGUCCGAUCCACAUGGUUCUCGGCGGAGCUGCUGAUGUGUUGUUGUGGAGGGACAAGAAGGUCACGGCAGGGUUAGUGGGUGCAGUGACUGUGAUCUGGCUCUUGUUUGGUUUCGGACAUUGUCGUCUUCUUACAUUUGUUUGUCGUGGAUCGAUCCUCUUUCUGCUUCUCUCAUUCGUCUGGUCCAAUGCACUCAACAGAUCUCCUGAGAAGAUAAUGGAGAUUUAUAUCCCUGAGAAGCCAUUACUCCAAGCUGCUUCUGCAUUGACCUUUGAGGUUAACUGUGCUCUUGCAACUUUAAGGAGCAUUGCGUUAGAGAGAGACAUCAAAAACUUUGCACUGGUAGUCAUAGGACUUUGGCUCGUAUCAAUAAUCGGAAGCUGGUUCAGCUUCUUGUCAUUGAUCUACAUCUGCUUUGUAUUGAUUCACACGGUGCCAAAGCUGUAUGAGAAGUAUGAAGAUGAGAUUGAUCCAAUCGCUGAGAAGGCUGUGAUUGAGAUGAAAAAGCAUUUCCAAGUUCUUGAAGCCAAGUUCUUAAAUAAGAGCCAUCAUCAUUAGCCAAACUACUCAAAAUCGAACAGUUUAGUUCAUUUUAUUUAUUCUUUUUUGUUUUGGGUGUUCAAGUAGUUUCCUAUGUUCAUGUGGUUUUGAUUACUUCCUAUUCAAGCCAUCUAAACUUUUUUUUUUUGUGGAUAUAAAGUGGGCUGAGCCUUUAUGUUAAA